CAUUUUUAUAAUAAAUUCUGUAUUUAUUCGGAAUGGCGUUAUCAAAUCAAACGCGAAACCCUCUUGUCUUUUAAUACACCGCUGCCUGCUCUGACGUGAAACUCUUCGAAGAUGGUUUUUCGGUUUUUCUCAUAUGCCGUUCUUCCGUUGUCUCUUGUCAAAAGUUCCGUGUAACAUUUCGGCUUCAUUUUCGUGUUGGACGCGCUUGUCACAAUGAAUAAUCAAAAAUUAAAUUCAAAUUGAGUGUGGAAAUUAAUACAACACAGUUUUUAAAGAAAACCGAACGUUCCAGAAACGAAAUUGUCGAAAAGACUGUCUGGAAAAAAGAAAUAAAAAAUGGCCUCCCUCGUCGCAAUGGAUGAAAAAAUGCAGAGAGCAGUGAGGAGAAUAGUGCCGGCUCUGGUGACUACAAAGUACAAGGGACAAGACGGACGGAUUGGGAUAUUCGGAGGGAGCACGGAAUACACAGGAGCGCCUUACUUUGCGGCGAUGAGUGCCCUCAGAACCGGAGCUGAUUUGGUUCAUGUGUUCUGUGCCAAGGACGCCGGAGUAGCUAUGAAGUGUAUGAGUCCUGAGCCCAUCGUUCAUCCAAUCUUGGAUCAGCACGACGCGAUUAAGCACAUAAAGCCCUGGCUGGAAAGAUUGCACGUUAUACUGGUGGGUCCGGGACUUGGAAGAGACGACAAGAUAUUUAAGACGGUGUCGGAGCUCAUAAAUGUUUGCAGAGAUUUGAAGAAGCCAAUGAUCAUUGACGCGGACGGCCUUUAUUUGAUAAGUCAAAAACCGGAGCUCGCUAAGGAAUAUCCGGGUUUGAUAUUGACGCCUAAUGCAAUGGAAUUCAGUCGUUUAGCCAAGGCAUUUCUUGAAAAGUCGAUUCAACCGGCUCCGGUGGUAAAAGUCUCCGAUGUCAAGCAUCUGGCGGAUGGGAUUGGAAAAAACGUCGUUAUUCUUCAUAAAGGAGCAAAAGACGUGAUAGUCGAUGGUCACAAGGGGACGGAGACGGUGUCUUGCGCAUUGGCCGGUUCGGGUCGACGCUGCGGCGGUCAGGGUGAUCUUCUUGCCGGUUCUCUCGCCGUUUUCUGGUGGUGGGCGAUCAACGCAGGUCCUAGCGAAUGCGCUCUCUCACCGGCCAUGACCGCUUCUUACGCCGCUUCCCGAUUGACUCGGGAAACGAACGCUGCCGCGUUCGCCCUCAAGCAUCGAGGAACCUUGACGACCGAUAUGCUCCAACAAAUUCAACCUGUUUUCGAGAGGCUUUUCGAAGGGACGGGCAACACCAGACCUUCGUCCUUCACGGGUAUACGCUCUCGCACCAGAAGUACAGAUUCAUCAAAUUUUCCACCACGAUUGAAUCAAUGAAACUUCGCGAUGAUGGAGAACGGACUUUUCUCGAGUCGUGAGUCACUAUAGAACAUCUAACAUCAAUUUUUUAACUCCUAAUCGCCUCACCCCGAAACGAUAUUAUUCUCGUUGAAUUAUUUGAUAAAUUAUCAUCAGGCAGAUAAGAGGGGUUUUGUGAGCGAACGAGGCAUGAAGGCGAGAAUCAAAUCUUUGUGUCGUUGUUUACACAAUAAAUAAAUAAUAUAUUUCGUACAGCA